AUGUCUCAUUCAUUAGUGUUGUUAUUGUCAGACAUUGAGAGACAAUCGCCCACUCGUUGUGACCACUACUGGCCUCCCAUUGGUUCCCAACACCCGAUGAGCACCACUCCUGACCACACAAUCGCCACCACAUCUUUUGGGAUCAAAUCCACGAUUUGUGGCCACGAGUCGAGCCGUGAAAUGCCUGGCAUUGAGUGCUCGCGGUUCGUGUCGUUGACCGACUUUCUGGCCAAACACCUCAAGUGCUGUAUUUGUCUCAACGUGUUUGACAGAGCGGUGACCAACGACUGCGGCCACACGUAUUGCAAGCACUGUAUCGGCGAUUGGAUUGCCAGCGAUCGACACGACUGUCCGGAGUGUCGCCGACCGUUGGCCACACGGAAGCGCUCCCAAGAGUUGGCCACUUCAUCCGCGGCCGCCAACGACACGCAGACGCUGUUCAUUGCGCGCGGGUUUGUCCUCGAGUACAACCUUAAGAUCAAUUCAAUGAUCGGCGAAAUGCACAUCAAGUGCCGCCACGAGUCCACGGGUUGU